CUGCUCCAGGUGCCUACAGACGAUUCGAUGGGACUGCUGGCUGAGCCCCAGGUGGCCAUGUUCUGCGGGAAACUCAACAUGCACGUCAACGUGCAGAGCGGCAAGUGGGAAACAGACCCCUCAGGCACCAAGAGCUGCGCCGAUACAAAGGAGGGCAUCCUGCAAUACUGUCAGGAGGUUUAUCCCGAGCUCCAGAUUACCAAUGUGGUGGAGGCCAACCAGCCCGUCAGCAUCCAAAACUGGUGCAAGAAGGGCCGCAAGCCGUGUCGCAGUCACGUGCACAUUGUGGUGCCCUACCGCUGUUUGGUGGGAGAAUUUGUGAGCGAUGCCUUGCUGGUUCCUGACAAGUGCAAGUUCUUGCAUCAGGAGCGCAUGUACCAGUGCGAGAACCACCUGCACUGGCAUACCGUGGCCAAAGAAUCCUGCACGGACCGCACCAUGAACCUGCACGACUACGGAAUGCUCCUCCCGUGUGGCAUUGACCGUUUCCGAGGGGUGGAGUUUGUGUGCUGUCCGACGGAGGCUGAGCGCGACGCUGAGAGCGCCGAGCGGGACGCCGACGAUUCUGACGUCUGGUGGGGCGGAGCAGAGACAGAUUAUUCCGAUAACAGGUAUGGAAUGGGGUCACGGGACGGCGAGCAAUCUGUGGCGCAGGAGGAAGAGGACAAGGAAGAAGAUGUGCUGGACAACGACAGAGAUGGCGACGGAGAUGAGGACGAGGAGGAUGAAGAGGCGGAGGAUGAAGAAGACAUGGCCGACGCGCUCGAAGACGACGACGACGACGAGCCGGCCGCCAAUGUUGCCAUGACGACCACCACUACCACCACCACCGAGUCAGUGGAGGAGGUCGUGAGGGUCCCCACAGCCACACCUGGCUCCCCUGACGCCGUGGACCACUACCUGGAGACACCCGCUGAUGAAAAUGAGCACACCCAUUUCCAGAAAGCUAAAGACGGCCUGGAGGCCAAACACCGAGAAAGGAUGUCCCAGGUGAUGAGAGAGUGGGAAGAGGCUGAGAGGGAUGCAAAGAAUCUUCCACGCGCAGACAAAAAGGCAGUUAUCCAGCGUUUCCAAGAGAAGGUGGAGACACUGGAGCAGGAAGCAGCCAGUGAACGUCAGCAGUUAGUGGAGACCCACAUGGCCCGAGUGGAAGCUCUUCACAACGACCGCCGGCGUCUGGCUCUGGAAAGCUACCUGACCGCCCUGCAGCAGGACCCACCCAGGCCUCGUCACGUCUUCAGCCUGCUGAAGAAGUACGUGCGCGCCGAGCAGAAGGACAGACAGCACACCCUCAAACACUUUGAACACGUCCGUAUGGUGGACCCCAAGAAGGCGGCGCAAAUCAGGCCUCAGGUGCUGACACAUCUUCGUGUCAUUGAGGAACGCAUGAACCAAUCGUUGGGACUUCUCUACAAGGCACCUGGUGUGGCUGAUGAUAUCCAGGAUCAAGUUGAGCUUCUUCAGAGGGAACAAGCAGAGAUGGCCCAGCAGCUGGCCAACCUGCAGACAGACGUGAGGGUGAGCUACGGUAACGACGCACUGAUGCCCGACCAGGAGCUGGGAGACGGACAGACGGAGCUGCUGACUCAGGAGGACACGCUGGGCUUGGGAGGAAUCGGCUUUAUUCAUCCCGAGAGCUUUAACCAACCAAACACUGACAACCAAGUUGAGCCUGUGGACUCCCGCCCCAGUCUUGAUAGAGGCGUCCCCACACGGCCAGUAACCGGAAUGAAGAUGGAAGCUAUUCCUGAACUCCGAAUGGAAAAGGGCGACCGACAGAGUACGGAGUAUGAAGUUCACCACCAGAAGCUGGUGUUCUUUGCCGAGGACGUCGGCUCCAACAAGGGCGCCAUAAUCGGCCUGAUGGUCGGCGGCGUUGUCAUAGCGACAGUGAUCGUCAUCACCUUGGUGAUGCUGAGGAAGAAGCAGUACACUUCUAUCCACCACGGAGUCAUCGAGGUGGAUGCCGCCGUCACCCCCGAGGAGCGCCACCUGUCGAAAAUGCAGCAGAAUGGCUACGAGAACCCCACCUAUAAGUUCUUUGAACAGAUGCAGAACUGA